AUGGUAGAGAGGAGUGUGUUGCUGAAGGGACUGCAGCAUCCAUUCCUGGUGGGGCUCCACUUCUCCUUCCAGACCUCUCACACUCUCGUCUUCGUACUGGACUACAUCAAUGGAGGAGAGUUGUUCUACCAUCUCCAGAGGGAGGGAGCCUUCCCAGAAUUUAAACCUCGGUACCCCCCCGGAGACCUGAACAUCCUAUUGGACAGUGGAGGUCAUGUGGUUCUGACGGACUUCGGGCUGUGUAAAGAGGGCAUGUCUGUGGGUGGGACUAUGCAAACGUACUGUGGAACCCCUGAGUAUCUGGCGCCAGAGGUGCUGUUAGGUCACGCCUACAGUGGAGCUGUGGACUGGUGGGGGCUGGGGAGUGUACUUUAUGAGAUGCUUCAUGGACUGCCCCCAUUCUACAGUCGCAGUAAGGCCGAGAUGUUUGAGAACAUCCUUCACGCCCCCCUGCAGCUCCAUAGAAGUGUGUCCCAGUCUGCCCGGUCUCUGCUGCAGGGCCUGCUGGAGAGAGACUGUACCAAACGCCUUAGGGGGGAACAGGACCUUGCUGAGCUGCAGGGCCACACCUUCUUCCUGUCCAUCAACUGGGAUGACCAGCUAGCCAGGAAAGUCCCUCCCCUAUUCAUUCCCAACCUGUCUGGUCCGUGUGAUGAGAAAAGAGAAAAGUAUUUUGACCCGGAGUUCACACUUCUUCCAGUCCCCGCCUCCCUCGGUUUGAGUGACAUGUUGGGAGACGUGGCAAAUGGAGCCUUCCCAGGGUUCUCCUAUAUGCCUCCGGCUGAGGUUGGAGUUACGGAGCCCUGAUAUCAUUCUCAUAUUAUUUGUGUUUUGAAUAAAUUAAAAUGCAUUUUCCUA